UGUGUUUUCACAGAUGGCAAUACACAUUUCUGGGCUUUUAUCUAGGCGAUGUUAGUUUUUUCAAUCUGACCAAAGGUCAGCUGAGUUGAACUCAGCUAAAAGAUGAACCUGCACUGGUUGGCGCUGCUGUCAGUGUUCUGGUGGUGUUGGUUGGCGGGAGCUGACAGGAAAUCUUUAUCAGCUGAGCUGACCCCACCCCAAAUCAGGAAACCUGACUCACAGAAGAGAAGAGUCAUCAAAGAAGGGAGAGGGGCGGUCAUACAAUGCGAGGCCGACGGUUACCCACCACCUACGUACCAGUGGUUGAGAAACGACGUUGCCAUUGACGACAACGGGGACUACAUCAAAGCCUUCAGCAACGGCACGCUGGUGUUUAAAGACUUCAAGAUGAGGGACGGUGGGGUUUUCCAGUGUCAGGCUAAAAAUAAAUGUGGAACUUCCGUCUCUGUGAAAUUUCCGAUUUUGGCUAGUGCAUAUAUAGACGAAAGCUUUCUAGGUGGGAUCAACCCUAUUGACGUGAGCGUGACAGAGGGCACACCAACCCACCUGUACUGUGUUCACGCCCCUGAUGGUGCCGGAAAUUUUUUAGUUCGCUGGUACAGGGACGUCAGCAGACAGGAAGUGGACAUCACCAGCAGAGUCGGCACCGACAGCAAUGGUACACACCAUAUUGCGUAUGCCGUCAAUGAAGACGCGGGGGAGUACGUGUGUGGACUGGCGCCCUACAACAACCCACACGCCACGGCCAUUUAUCUCUUUGACGUCAUACACGUCACAGUCAUAGGGGGGAAGACAGAGCUGAUGAAGCCCAACAAGGAACAUGUUUCCACAGUGGUCAAAGGCACACUUGGUCAGCGCGUGGAACUGGAGUGUUUCUUCUCGGGCUACCCAGAACCUGAUAUCACGUGGAAGGACAAUCAACAACAGGUCAUCCAGGAAGGUCACGGUCAUUACGUCAUCGACGAUUUCGGCCGGAAGUUGAGAAUUGAACAGCUGAGAGAGGAGGACGAGGGGACGUACUCAUGCACGGCCAGAAACGGUGCCGGGUCGGACGAUGCCAGGAUCUUCCUCAAUGUCACAAGUCCACCUCUGAUGUUAACAACACCAGACACUUCACUGGAAAAGUUAUACAAACUUUCCGGCCAGAUGGCCACAUUGAAAUGUUUUGCCAGGGCCAUGGAGGGAGAGAACCUGGAGCCACCUGUGUGGUACAGGAAUGGGGAGCUGCUCACUACAGAGACGUUCCCUGACCAGACCAGGUACAGUUUUGAUGCUGACGGCACCGAGCUGACCAUCAAGGAUCUGGACAAGUGUAAAGACACCGCAUGCUUCCAGUGUAACAUCAGCAACAGUGAAGGUUACAUCUUUUAUGACGGUUUUCUCAAGGUCGUUGACCCAGAGCACUCAGGCUAA